AUGUUCGGUGGACACUCCAUUAUAGCUAGACCAUGGCUUCUUAACCAACCCCUUAUGUCGAAAAUGCCCAGGAGAAUGGACCUCCCUGGAGAUCAAAAAGGCAGUGCCAUGUCCUUCCCCCUUUUGAAGGGACCAGCUAAGUCAGUUGUUCCAUCUCACGCUUCUCAACACCUUCCCGUGUAGCUCUGGGCUACCUGUGGAAGCCCCAGCAUGCUUUGUUACCAAAACUCACAGAAGUUAUGGAGAAAAAGAGGUUCACACAUCCUGAGAAAACACCAAGGCGAAGGCAUGGCUGAAAUCCCAGCACAGAAACCCUGUCCUGCUGUAGUCUUGGCUGAGCUGAGCCCUUUCCUCAUAGUGUUUGGCUUGGAUGCUAGACCAAGCGUGUCAGCCAUCCUGGCACACUCCUUUGAGCUGAACGUCACACCCAAAUGGGGCUGUUGGCAGAUCAGAUAUGGACAGGGCCAAGCCAUAGGAGCCAACGUAGAGCCUCUCGUGGUGACCUGGGCCCUGAGCCCUGAACGAGGAAAACAUUUCCCUAUGCAGCCCCCAAUUGUUCCCUGGGCUUGGAGCCUCUCUGCAGCAUUCUUUCAGCUCCUCAAUUGUACUGUGACUUACUAGCCUCCAGCUUCCAGAGCCUUUCCCCUGUCUGGACAACUGCCCACCUUCCUUUCCCCCAUUCAUCCUCUUUCCUCAAUGGGCUCCAGAAGGGUCCCUGUGUUCCUAGGUCUGCUCCUCCAUAGAUGGCUCCGCAUCAUCCUUACUGGUCUGCCCUGCCAUUGCAUGUGGACCCACUGGCUCCUCUACAUGACCUUGCUCACCCCUAGGAUCUGGCACAUAACCCUCCCUGAUUUCCACAUAAACAUCAUUUUAUAA